UAUGAUUCAAAGUAAUAAAGAUUAAAACCAUUAUACUCCAAUCUUCUAAAUAUUUUAUAGUCAUAUAAACAUGUCAAAAAAUAUAUAUUUCUCCCGAAGAAUAAUAUAAGAGCUACAGAGGAUCGAGCUUAAUAUCUAAAAUGAUUGAACUAUGGAGAAUAAAACAACAAAUUCCAUAUAAAAGACAUACAUUCACACAUACUGUAUUACUAGAUCACAAUCAUAUAGUAAAAGCAAAUCUAGCCAUGGGAAUGUGUAUUUUGGUUGAUCAUCUUUUUGUAAUUAGCGGUGGAGUACUGUUCCUUUUCACACAGAGAGAGAUAGAUACAGCUAAUAAAAUAAAAUAAAAUAAAAUAAAAUAAAAAGUCUGAGCCUUUAUUUAAGGGAUCUUCCAAUCAUCCAAGUAGGAUUCUUCUCCAAAACGUAUUCACUUAUUUAAAGCGUGUGCGAGCGAGCGAGAGAUCAGAGAGCGAUCAUCUUCUUCUUCCUUCUUCUCCUCUAUUAUAAUAAAAAGUUGACCCCGAGAAUAAAAAAAAAACAAUGGUGGUGGAGCAGCAGCAGCACGAGAAGAACAAGAAGAGGUUCGCUCUGUUUCUCGCCACGUGCGACUCGGAGUUCGUGAAGAAAGCUUACGGCGGCUACUUCAACGUCUUCGUGUCCACUUUCGGCGAGGAAGGCGAGCAAUGGGAUCUCUUCCGAGUCGUCGACGGCGACUUCCCCGACGAGAAGGAUCUCGAUAGCUACGACGGUUUUAUCAUCAGCGGCAGCCCGCACGACGCGUUCGCAGACGCUGAUUGGAUCGUCAAGCUUUGCUCGCUUUGUCAGAAGCUCGAUGAGAUGGAGAAGAAGGUUCUCGGCAUCUGUUUCGGCCACCAGAUAAUAACUAGAGUCAAAGGAGGGAAAAUAGGAAGGGCUCGUCAAGGCCCAGACAUGGGACUGAGAACCAUAACCAUAGCAAAGGACAACGAGAAACUCGGCCUUUACUUUGGUGACGAGGUCCCCGCAUCUUUAGCCAUUGUGAAAUGCCAUCAGGACGAAGUGUUGGAACUCCCUGACUCUGCCACAGUCUUGGCCUCUUCCGAGGUAUGCCAAGUCGAGAUGUUCUCUAUUGGAGACCACUUACUAUGCAUCCAAGGUCAUCCCGAGUAUAACAAAGGGAUUCUCUUUGAGAUCGUCGACCGUGUCCUCAACAUGAAGCUUAUGGAGCAAGAGUUUGCGGAUAAGGCUAAGAGUACGAUGGAGACUGCGGAACCAGACAAGGAUCUAUGGCAGAAGCUCUGUAAAAACUUUCUGAAAGGUCAAAUCUGAGCAUGUCUAUGCCAUCUCUUGCUGAAAACCUGCAACUUCCUUCAUAUUUAUUUAUCUCCAACAGACAUUAAGGAAAAAUAUGAAAACAAUCAGAAAUAAUCAUUUUAUACUACUACCACUUGUUUCUUAAAAAAUCAAACUAAAAACAAAUUUCAAUCAAA